AUGCUAAGAAGCCGGAGGAAAGGUGACCUAGUGUGGCCUCACCCCGUGCUUUGUACCCAAUGGCAGCUCCUCCGGAUGGGGAGGGAGGGGGAGGCGGAGGGAGGGAGGGUUGACACUUUCCUUUCACUUUCUCAGGCCACCAAACCUGACACCUGGGGACAGAACUACAGUUCCCACCACGCCUCGAGACAGGAGGAAGAAGGGGCACGGAGGACCAAAAGGAAAACCAGGAGAAAGAGCAAACGUUACCUACUGGCAGAGGUGGCAAGAGCCAUGCAAUUCUCCAGCUCAGCCAGGGCAGCAGAUGAGAACUUUGACUAUUUGUUCAAGAUUAUCCUCAUCGGGGAUUCCAACGUGGGGAAGACGUGUGUGGUGCGGCAUUUCACGUCCGGGGUCUACACUGAGGCGCAGCAGAACACCAUUGGGGUGGACUUCACUGUGCGUGCCCUGGAGAUCAACGGCAAGAAAGUGAAGAUGCAGGUAUGGGACACUGCAGGCCAGGAGCGCUUCCGGACCAUCACCCAAAGCUACUAUCGCAGUGCCCACGCGGCCAUCAUUGCCUACGACCUCACCCGGCGGUCCACGUUCGAGUCUGUUCCUCACUGGAUUCACGAGAUAGAGAAAUACGGGGCGGCAAACUUGGUCAUCAUGCUGAUUGGGAACAAAUGUGACAUGUGGGAAAAACGGCAUGUCCUGUUUGAGGAUGCCUGCACACUGGCUGAGAAAUACGGCCUCCUGGCUGUCUUGGAGACGUCUGCCAAGGAGUCCAAGAACAUCGACGAGGUCUUCGUGCUGAUGGCCAGGGAGUUGAUGGCUCGCCACAGCCUGCCCUUGUAUGGGGAGGGCACCCUGGGCAGCCUCCCCCUGGAUUCCAGUCCUGUCCUCACGGCCCCGGGGCCGAGGGAGAAGAGCCAGUGCACUUGUUGAGUAUGUCCCCCGGGCCGGUGGCACCCAGCAGAGGCCACCUCCGAAACCAAGGGCAGCGGACGGCCUCGUGUCUGCUGAGGAGACCUCGGACUCCAGUGCGGACUUGCAGCUGGUCCUACUCCUUCCUGCCUGGUGGGGGGGGCACCCUUUUGCCUCAGUUCACACCAGAGGGGGAAACCCUGACUCUGAGGAUAGAGGACACCACUGUUUUUCUUGACUUUUCCUAGGACUCAAGGCCCAGCAGUAGGAGGACAAGAUUUGUUCCUUUUCAUCUUUCCCUUUUCUGUCUUCCCAACCCUUCAGCUGUUUUCUACUGAACUCUGCUUCUCACUUGAAGAAGAGGGUAGUAAAGGAAAGAAGAAAAGAGAAGUAGAAGAAGGAAAGAAGACAGGGGAGAAGAUGUUUGGAAUAUUGCAGAGUGGUUGAAAACAGUGUGGGUGUGGGAAGAUGGGGAAAAAGCCUGCAAUGAUGAACCAGAUGCUGUUAACUUUUGCUUCCUGACAUUCACACCUCAGGUCUUAGUUUGGGGGGCAAAGCUUUUUGACCUAAAGACGAUAAAUACGGUCUUGCCAAAUGGUCAGGAGCCAUGUGAUGGAGAGAGAAUUAGAUUUCACUUUAUCCGAGUUGGGCGGAUUGGACCACCCUCCUAGGAUGAGGGAGAUGCCUACAAUUUCUUUCCAAAACACCCAAUCAUCUGCUGGAUCAAAAGUCAUUUCUGAAUUGAAAUUAAAUUGGCUCAUAGACAAAUAUCAAACCAGUACUGACCUUGCUGCAUGGCCGGGGCGUGCUGUGUACCCUCCGGAAGCUGUGAGUCAUAACCCUUGUGUCCGCAAAGCUCCCUGACGGUUGCUGCUGAGGGUGUCUUACAAUCCUAGUAAGAACUGCAAGUGUUGGUCCGGCCACAACAUCAGCUCUGAAAGAGGAAAUGUCUGUCUGGGGCGCACCCAGGGUGCAGGUGGGUCCCCCCCAGGCAUUUCUAGCUGUAGCACUGUUAUCUGCAGGCUGAGACCAGCACAACACAAAUAGCCACUAGCCACGUGUGACUGACUACUUGAAAUUGGCUAAUUUCAAUUUGAUGAGUUCUGAAUGUAAAAUACAUA